ACAAAGAUGGUGCAGGACAGUGGAGACAGUGAAGAAAGAAGUGGAUUUGAAUGGAGAUCUCCUCGUUUGUUUGUCUGCUACAUUUUGCUGGUCCUGUUGCUGUUUUACUACAUCGACUACUCUCAAUUCUCUGAAAAAUGGGCAACAACAAUUCGAUUAUUGCUUCCAGAGACAUUAACCUCUCAGACAACCAACAUGUCACUGGCCACAGGUGGAUCGUGGAAGGCCCCUGGACCAUAUUACGUGGCUUACCCACACAAAUAUCAUUUUGUUAUAAAUGAGCCAAAGAAGUGCGAGCAGGAAAAAACUUUUGUGGUAUUGAUAGUACCAGUAUCUCCAGGCAAUGCGGUGAGUCGGGAUGCCAUUCGUUCAACGUGGGGUACAGAGAAGUUAGUGGAGGACAAAGUUGUGAGCCUGCUAUUUCUAUUAGGCCUGCCCAGCCCUAAAGAGAGAGAGAAGCUACAAGAAAGUUUGCUUCAGGAAAGUGAAAACUAUCAUGACCUCUUACAAAGCAAUUUCUUGGACAGCUACCACAAUCUCACGAUUAAGACUAUGGUGAUGCUAGAAUGGCUGACUGCUUACUGCCAGAAUGCAUCAUAUGCAAUGAAAGUUGACUCUGAUGUAUUUCUCAAUGUGAAAGUCUUAGUAAAAAUGCUUUUGUCUGCACCAAAAGAGAACUAUAUGACUGGACUCGUGACUAGGAAUGGAGUGGUACUGAGAAACCCACGCUCUAAAUGGUACCUUCCAAAAAAGGUUUUCGCUCCUGCUAUAUAUCCUCCCUACGCUCUGGGCUUGACAUAUGUGUUCUCUUUAGACCUUCCGAAGAAGCUUGUUGAAGCAGCCCAGCAUGUCAAGGCAGUCUACAUAGAGGAUGUUUAUUUAGGAUUAUGCAUGAAGCAUUUAAGGAUUUCAGUAACUAAUCCAUCAGAUGAAGGCCUCUUUAAUCUCUACCCUGUAAGAUAUAACCGCUGUCGUUAUUCAAAACUCAUUGCCACAACUACAAGAAGCUUGAGAGAUCAAAUAGAGUUUUGGAAGGAUUUACAGACACCAGGUUCACCUUGUUAACAGCAGAUUGCGAAUAGGAAUUCUUUAAAUGUAUGAAACUUGCCAGUCAUUCUAUAAAACGGACUUCCACAAAAACACACACACAAAAAAAAGACUUGGGUUAAAGGGAUAGUUCAUCCAAAAGUUGUAAUUCUCUCAUCAUUUACUCACCCUUAUGCUGUCUUGUUUGACUUUCUUUAUUCUGUGGAACACAAACAAAGAAAUUUUGAAGGAUGUAUGAUAAAAAAGUUAUCCAUAUGGGGGCCUGGGUAGCUCAGCGAGUAUUGAUGCUGACUACCACACCUGGAGUCGUGAGAUCAAAUCCAGGGUGUGCUGAUUAACUAGGCAGACAGGAUUCCUAAGCAACCAAAUUGGCCCGGUUGCUAGGGAGGGUAGAGUCACUUGGGGUAACCUCCUCAUGGUCGCUAUAACUUGGUUCUCGCUCUUGGUGGGGCGCGUGGUGAGUUGUGCGUGGAUGCCGCGGAGAAUAGCAUGGACCUCCACACGCGCUAGGUCUCCGCUGUAAUGCGCUCAAGAAGCCAUGUGAUAAGAUGCGUGGAUUGAUGUCUCAGAUGCGGAGGCAACUGAGAUUCAUCCUCUGCCACCCGGAUUGAGGUGAGUCACUACACCACCACGAGGACUUAGAGGGCAUUGGGAAUUGGGCAUUCCAAAUUGGGGAGAAAAUGGGAGAAAAAAAGUAAUCCAUAUGACUCGAGUGCUUCAAUCCAUGUCUUCUGAAGCGAUAUAACAAAUUUGGGUUAGAAACAGACCAAAAUAUAAGUCUUUAUUUAUUAUAAAUCUUGACAUCUAAUGGAACACACAGUGAAGGCUUCAAGACAAUUGACCCUUCGCUAAGCCCCGCCUUAAAAGCGUUUCUGACCAGUCCUGUCUUAGCAACUGUUGCCCCUCCGAGAGAGAUGAGAGCCUAUGGGAGUAUUGUGUGUUUGAGUAGUUUUAAGCAUGAUUUUAUCGAAAUGAUCCCAAAAAAAAAAAAAAAAAGAAAACCUUGUUGCUGGGUCACUUGUAAUAGUGACACGAGGAACCUAGAAAGGAUACACAGUGUUUUUUCUUUAUUUAAAAAAAAAAUCUUUCAAUAAAUAUUGAGAAGAGCAUGCUAUGGAUUAAAGUGUGUCAUUCCUUAUUUCCAAAUGAACAUGUAUAACAUCAGCGAGGACACCCUACAUUUCCUACAAGGAAAAUUAAAGCUAAUAACUUAACAUUAAUUCAUUUAGGUAUUGAUUCAGGUCUUAGUAAAGGUGAUAGUAAAUAAAGAGUUCACAGCAUCAAAAUUAGUGUGUUAUGAGACAUUAUAAGCAGAUCUGUUACAUUACAUUAAUGUUAUGAGGUUGGUAAUUACUAUCAAAUGAUGCUUUUACCUUUUCAAGUGACUGUGAUGAUCGUUUGCCUCAAUUCUGAUUCACAGUCUGCACAGUUUUCAAUCAAAUUACUGUAAAAUUUAAAAAUGUAUAUAAAAAAAAAUAUAUAUAUAUAUAUAUAUAUAUAUAAAAGGGUCAUAUAGAUAUGCUUUACAAUGUCACUCUUCAUUCCAGCCCACAUAAUAAUAUUACCCAUUCCGUUUAUGAGAUAAUUUUGCCAAAAACUGCGCCGUUCACGGCAAUCUACCAUUCGUUCCUAUGGGGAGUUAUGCAGAGCUUGUCAGAGCGAGCAAUGGUAAACAAGGACACGGAGCUUAGCGAAGGGUCAAUUAUGCUUUGACGCUGCACAUGGUUGCAGGUCAAUCAAUAAGAUGUUGCAUUUUUAUUUUCUAGUAUUUAUUGUUCAACUUUUGGGAUAAAAGUAUCCCAAAAAAAUAAAAGUGACAGUAUCAUUUUAAAUCAAGUCUGCAGUUUCAAAACAGUUCAAUUGGGCAUGAAAAACGCAAACCUGGCAACACUUUGUCUGGUUUAUGUACAUACAGCACUCUGCACAUGCGUCAAGCACGUGAACAAGUGUGAAAGUGAAGUGUGAACGAGCUUCUCUUAUGAAUGUGCCAACGAGACUGCGGAUGUCAAGAUUUAUAGGGAAUAAGGACUUGUAAGGAAUACACCACUCUAGUUUUAAGGAUUAACUUUAUGUUGCCUUUAUUUCCAGUUUGGAGUUUGUUUUGAUCCCUAUUGACUUAUAUUGUAUAAUUUUAAAAAUAUUUUUUAACUCACACUUUACAUUCUUUAAAAUAUCUUUAUUUCUGUUCCGCAGAAGAAAGAACGUCAUGAGGGCGAGUAAAUGAUGAGAGAAUUGUCAUUUUUGUGUGGACUAUUCCUUUAAUUAUGUGUCUUUUACAAAAAGGAAUAAUACAUUACAAUAUUAAAGACCAAGUUGUAAACAGAUUCACUGCAAACAAUUAAAAAAUAUAUAUAAUUAACAUUGGGAAGUCUUGGUUAAAACACCUGUUUUUAAGUCAGUGUUUCUAAACUGGUGGGUCGCGACUCCUGUCUCAAAAAUGGCUCGCAAGUCUGUUCUGAAAAUUAUGCUUAAUGCAUAAUAUUCAUGCAUAGUUAGACUAGCCAAAUAAACAUCAUAUUUAAUCAUCCCAUAUCAACUUUUAAAAGGAACUCUUCCCAUAGCACUCCUGAAAUGUUUUGUUGUUAAUGUUAAAGACUGUAUAAUUAAACUCUGUGGUAUUUUGGCAAUUCAUCUGUCUCUUGGUAAAAGCAAACCAAAUUAUGCAAGUGUCAGCAUUUACAGAUUGCAUGCCUUCAUCCUCGAAAAUCACGAACAAAACUACUGAAGGCAAUGUAAAACAAACCAGGCUACAUUACUGUGAAUGCAUUACUAUAUUAAAAGUUCACUUUCAACAGGGAUAAACAUGAUUUUUUCUGACCAUAAUGUGUUUUGAACAGUGAAUUAUUGGCUUAAUAAAUAAAAUAAAUAAUAAUUUCAACAUUUGAUUUUAAGGACAUUUUGGUUUACUUUACUCAAUUACUCAAUUACUCAAUAACCAAUUCUGGGUCUGUGUUGGUUCACCACUUGAUGUCCAAUGUAAAAUAUGUCUCCUAUAGCAAAACCAGUUACUUUUCAGCAUUUUUCUUUUUAUUAUUUGUGAUUUUGCAUUGUAUUUUAUUUUUAUUUUUUCAUAAUUAUUUGUGGUGUUGUUAUCU